UUCAGUCGUAUCGUAGCUGCGUUCAAAGACGGAGCUCUCGUGUUUGUUGAAAUUGAAUAUUAAAAUGGCUUUCAAAUUAUUCGCAAUUUGUGUCACUGCGUCGGUAUGUGUUUGUUUGUUGUCGAUCGUUGUUGCAGAGCGCGACAGCUGCAGUAUUCCGAUUACAAAGCAAAUACCUAAGAAUGAACCAGUUUAUUUAAUCGAACAGACAAACGGACAUUUGAAACUGUACGAACCGACGGGAAGCAAUAUUGAAAUUUCAUCGAAUGAAAAAUUGAUUCUGUUCUGUCCGGGAAGGCGGAACACAUUGAUCCACUCGAAUGAGAAUUCAAACGAGCUGUCAUGUACAAAUAAUUUCCGCAGCAAAUUACACCAAUCGAAUUGUACGAGACAAGUAACGGGCGACCUGGAAACAACAACAAAAUCGUGUCAACUCAAUAAUCGUCGGGGUCUCAUUUAUCGGGCUGGUUUUGCGGUGCAACAGAAAUUCGUCGAACUAUUUGAAAUUUGCUACGAUAGCCAGAGUGCAUCGGUCAUCUACUCGCACCAUCAAAUCAAUGGCAAAGCAAUAAAUCAUAACAUAAAGGAAAGUGAUCGCGUAGGUUUCAAAACAGACGGUCUACCAAAGCGGGCUAAAGCCGAAGUGAAUUAUCGAAAGCAGUCACAAAUAAACCACUUUAAAAGUGUGCUUGGUCGCAGCCAACAAUACUUUACGAACAGUUCAUUCUUGUCGCGUGGCCACUUGACACCAGAUGCCGAUUUCGUAUUUAGCUCCGCACAGUUUGCCACAUACUUCUAUGCGAACGUUGCACCUACAUUUCAAUCGAUUAAUGGCGGAAAUUGGAAUCGCGUUGAGCACAUUGCACGACAGUUAGCCGGCCAAGAGCAAACCAACUUAGACAUUUAUACAGGCACUCAUGGUCAAUUAGCAUUGCCGAGUAGCGGCGGUGACUUGGUGCCUCUCUACUUGAGCGAAACCGACCAAAUCGAAGUGCCGGAAUAUUUAUGGAAAAUUGUACAUAAUCCCCGUACAAAUGCGGCCAUCGUAUUUAUCACAAUGAACAAUCCAUUUGCUCGCCGUUCCGACGUUCGUGAACUAUGCCCAGACGUUUGCCAACAAAGUGGCAUCACAUUCACACAAAAUGCACGACGUGGUUUCACCUAUUGCUGUACGUAUGAGAACUUUGCUCGGCAAUUGUCGCCGCAUCCAUUGAGAGCCAACCGUUUGCUAGUUCUUCACAAGUAAUUCUUCUGCUGAAUGUUAUUUUGAACGAUGCCAUCGGACAAUUUAUUUAAGUCUUUUUAAUUCUAGACUGCACAUGACCAUUUUAAUCGCUUUUUUUCUCUUCCUCAAACUCAAAAUAAAAUAAAGAAGAAAUUUACUCGAAAUUA